UGUGUUCAACCACAAAUGUAUGUAUUGGGCCUGAGGGCGGUGCUGCGACCAGUUGUUUGCUUCCGUCUUCGACACGGUCGAAUCCGGUCGGACACACCACUUACUGGCCGACUUUUGCGUUUGACACGUUCAAUUUGGCUGAGAGGUUUUGACGUCUUUCUGCUUUGUUAUUUAGUACUCGGCCAUAUCUAGCAUUAGUCGUCCCACCAUGCCUCUCCUCUCACUCCCGCUGACUUUCAACAAUUCAUUCUGGUCUCAAGACUACCGUAAAGGUCUGGAGAUAGCGCAUACGAAGCUUUCACAGGGCGUAGAGGAGAAUGGAGAAAUCAUAGCCUUCAUUAGAGCGCGGGCUAACGUUGAGCGUAGCCUUGCGAACUCUUUGUUGAGCACUCAAAUCACUUCGCCUUCAGGUUCAGGUUUUGGGAGCGAUGAUGGCGCAACCUUGCUGAUAGCGUUUCGCGGACUGCAAGCCGAAUCACGAAAGCAAGGGGGAAUGCACCGAGUUAUCGCGCAGGAACUUGAUAACUUGGUUGCAGAUCCAUUCGAGGAAUGGGCAAACCAGCAUGCUGCUCGUGUUGCAGAGAGCAAGGAUACGCUUAUUGAUGGAUGGCUUCGUAUUUAUGAGGACGGUGUGCAUGAAGUCGAGAAAAUCAAACAAGCAUAUAUCUUCAAACGACAGCAAGCUGAUGAUGCGGAGGAUGAUGCGAAGUUUGCACCUGCCAAUGAGGCGCAUGGCAAUCUGGCAUCCCCACCCUCAAAAGCGCUUCAGCGCUCCGGUACCGUUUCUGAACGCAUUGCACAGGGGCUUUUCGGGAGGAAGUCACAGCCUCUAGCUCCAGUGUCCCAGCUUAGCAAUGUGGCGGAAGAAGCAAUCAGCGUUGCCAAGUUAGAGAAGGACAGUGACCAACAAUCUGUCUCUGAUGCAGAAACAGUCCGGCCCACGUCCCCUCUGAAAAAGCUCGACAAGGGUAAAGGUAGAGCAAUCGAUGCGUCGCCCCCUGGGCCUCUUCGCAUUCCUCAAUCACAAGCAUCCCUUGAUAACGGCCCACUCGUCACACUAGUUGGAGUUCCAUUCACCGGCAGCGCAAUUCUGGAUCUCUUGAAGCGUGCCAAGUCUCAACUUCCACUUCGCCCUAUUCGUAUUCCAAUCCUUGGAGAAUAUGAAGACACGUUCACGGGGGCAGAUUUUACGAAAUGGCUAAAGGACAAUGUGCCUGCUUUCGAAGGAAGUACUGAACGUGCUGAGGCUGCCGCGCGUGAUCUCACCGAACGCGACAACUUGCUAAAGAGAGUUGGGGAUCUGGGAAAUAAAUUUGAGAACCAUCCGGCUGUUAUCUAUCAAUUCCGGCCGAAGGCAUUCGAACCGCUUCCUAGUCUUUCUCUCCCCGAUCAGAACAAGGAUGAAUAUACCCUCUCUCCCGUGCCGCCUUCCUCGUCGGCUGGCAGCUUACUCCAGCGCUCAAAUACUCUCAGCAGCUUCAUAUCCAAAAGAUUGAACAAUUCGGCAGAACCGUUGCACGUCAAGCUCCGUGCCGAAGCAGAUGCCGCUGACGCUCGGUACAGGUAUGCUGUUCAUGCACUUGAUAGACAACGACUUUCUUUGGAGGACCGAAUUGAAGGUACGCUGAAACUGUGGAACCGGUGGGAGUUGGAUCGUCUGCGCGCUGUGAAGACUGUUCUCUUGCAGUAUCACGGGACGUUGUCUAACGUUCCCAGGGCACUUGGCCCGUCCUUGGACACGUCCUCCAAUCUGAUUUCUUCGUUCCAACCUGAGGCAGACCUCACUGCCACUAUUGAACGCUGCCGCAGCGGGCCAUUCCGCCCUUCGCCACCUAUAUACAAGGCCGUCGGAAGCGAUGUGGUUGACAAGGUGUUUGGCAUGGAGUUGAGGAGAUGGGCGGGCGAGACGGCUUUGGACUCUGGUCGGACUCAGACAGAGGGCUCACCGCCAAUCGUCACGAGUUUCUUGCGGGCACUGACAACUGCUUAUGAAAAGUUGCCCAAUAAUGAUGAGCGACGGAAAGCAUGGAUUUAUGACGUACCGCUUCCUUCACAGCAUAAACUUCGAGAGGCUGUCAAUGCUCUGCCUGUUGACCAAUCUAUCAGCCAGCAUCUCCUGGCCCAAUAUGAUGCGCCAGUCCUUGCUAGCACCCUUAAACUUUGGUUGCUCGAGCUCGAGGUCCCAAUAUGUCUGUGGGACGGCUGGGACGAGAUCCGAAACAUGUACCCCUCUGUUGGCGCCGACUCGUCUUUUGAUCACAGCAUCAUCGAUGAUGUCCGUAUCGCUUUGGGAAGGCUACCGAAUGUUCAUCUUUUAGUUCUUGAUGAGAUUAUCAAGCAUUUGAACAAGCUAACGAAAGACACGGAGGAGGGCACGGAGCCCGCAGAUAUCUAUCGGAAUAAACUUGCCCUCUCUUUGGGAAGAGCUAUACUACGACCCCGCAUCGAGACCCCGUUGUCUGUCCAAGACAAGCACCCAACUGUUUUCUUCAUCGACCUUCUCACUCAUUAUGAGAAUGUGCUCCCAAAAGCAAUACAGCAAAAACGGCGGGAUUCGGGGAGUAGAUUAAUUCCUUUACGCAAACGUACUGCUCCGAUUGAUAUGCGCGUCCACCGGGGUACCGCGCCUACUCAAUUUGACUUGUCAAAGCUGAUGCCGCAACCUGACCCGAGCAGGCUGCGGACCCGUUCCCCAGGCCCCGAAGGUCGUGUCCCCAGGCCGUUGUCACUGACCGCCAGUUUGCCCCAGCCGGCUCGUACUUUCUCACCACCAAUUUCCUCGCCACCUCGAACAACAUCUCCCCACCGGAACGACCCCAACGUCAGCUCAACUUCUCAAACGCUCCCUCACGAUCAGGCUCCCGCCCCUCUUCCAGAAUCUGCGCCUGUUGGUCUUCCAACGCCGGGACCCACCCCUCAACCCACUCCUCCUGUUGACGGUUCUCUUGCAAGUCAACUCACACCCGUCCCUGUGCCUCCAGUAGCGGCGCUCCCAGCCCCCACUUCCGCUCCCCAGUCAGUAGCCCAGCCCGCACCAAUUUCUCAGGAGACCAUACCACUGUUGCCUGAAGCCGAACGGAUCAUUUCUUCAAGUCCUGCACCAGCUCACUCGCCUGUGGCUCCACCGUCGACAGCAGCACGAGCAGCAAGUCCCAGCACACCCGAUCGUCGAGGCAGCGUAACAUCCUUAGGAACCUCAUCCUCGCGGUCAGCCUCACCUGUCAAGACGUCGCCUUCGGCUCCAAAUGGUCGAGUGGCAGCUGCAAGGGCAACGCUUCAACGGAAUGCCUCAGUUAACGAAGGCGGACCAGGUGGGCCUAGAGGUCCUCGUGGUCCCCGUGUGACCCGUGGCCCUCGCGUCGUUGGUGCUCCGACCAAUGCGAAUAAAGGUGGAGCAGGAGCAGGUGGAGAAAGUACUGGCUCUAAUACUAGUCGUACGUCGAUGUCUCCUUCUCGAUCUUCAAGUCCGUCGAUUGAGAAACAAAUUCCUUCUACUACCGCUGCUAAAACACCUGUCGUCAAAUCCCGUCCGGGUACGUCCACACCUUUACGGACUUCUUCGGUCGCGAAGAAGCAACGCCCUAGUUCGGCGGUUGCGAAGAAGUUGACGACGAGGAGCAUGGCCAGUGGGAGUGAGGAUGAAACAUUAGGGAGGAACGACGAUUGAUUGGAAUUGUUUGACUAGUUCCGUGUUUGGGUUCACGUUUUACGUGCAGCAACCCUAAGCUUUAGGUAGGUUCGCUCCGGAUUGUUCACCUUCAUAAGGAUCGAGUUCGGUAGAUCAGUGGAUUCCAUUCACAUAGCUCCUAUUUCUACGCGAUUUAUAUAUAUAUCUGUUUUGUUUUUGUUUUUCUCUCUGGUUUUUCGCUCAUUUUCUUUGUUUCGUCUGGAUCUAUGCCUACAACGCAACGGAAAAACUAUGCAAAAUUAAAACUCCGUUAGCCAGAGUGUAUGGAUAUUUUCGCAGUUAUGCUUUGCAUCGAUUGACGAGGAAUUUUAUAUGUACAAUGCCAGCUCGUGGGCUAAUCCUAUGCAUUCAUUGAGUGGCGGUCAUUUG